CCUAUUUGCGACGAGCUUGUCUUCGUGUCAGUCAGAUACCACGCUGGUGAUAUGCGACAACUAUCGGCGCUAUCUUGAAACUUGACUUUGACGUCACUUUGACCUAGUCAGCUUGGACAACUUGACACUUUGAGUCCUGAUAAAUAUGACCACGUCCUACAGCUUAGUGAACAACUAGCUACUCGCUCAUUGGGCAUCUUUCCAAACUUCUGUUAACGUGUACAAUGGCGACGCGCUGGGGAAUCUGUGGAGCCGGGAAAAUCUGUGGCGAUUUUGCGGGAGGAUUGACGACGUUGCCUUCAUCAGAGCAUAAGGCUGUUGCUGUGGCGGCACGAGACCUGUCUAGGGCUCAAGAAUUUGCUAAAGAACGGGGAAUUGCCACAGCUUAUGGGUCCUACCUUGAACUUGCCCAAGAUGCCAAUGUAGAUGUGGUGUAUAUUGGCACCAUCCAUCCAGAGCACCACAAACUCACUCUUCUAUUCCUUAACCAUGGUAAGCACGUGCUCGUUGAAAAACCGGCCGCCAUGAACUUGAAACAGCUUAAGGAAAUGACGUCAUUGGCUAAGGAAAAGAAGCUCUUCUUUAUGGAGGCCGUAUGGACCCGAUUUUUCCCCAUUUUCAAACGGGUUUUGGAGGAACUGGCUAAGCAGACUGUGGGAAAAGCCCGGAUGUUGCGAGUGCAAUUUGCCUUCCCUGCCUUCAGCAUGGAGCGGAUCUCCAACAAGGCUCUGGGAGGUGGAGCCUUGUUAGACCUUGGGGUCUACCCGCUUAACAUUGCAGUCUUUUUGUUUGGGAAACCCGACAAGGUGACGAUAGAGGGGACAAUGAUAGGAGAUGUGGAUGAAGCUGGUUGUAUUAUUUUUAAAUACAACGAUGGUCGAAUGGCUGAACUGAACUACAGCGCCGCUUAUGAGGGUACAAAUGACGUUGUUAUAUUCGGAACAAAAGGUCAGAUAAAGAUAAAUAGCCCCAUGUGGUGUCCCACAGAAAUGACCUUGCCAUCCGAAACAGUGACCAUUGACCUACCGAAAACAGACGCCAAGUUUCACUACAGGAACAGUGCAGGUCUGUCAUACGAAGCGGAUCACGUCAGGCAGUGUAUUCUCAAAGGUCUGACAGAGAGUGCCUUGUUACCGGUGUCACACAGCGAAUUCGUGAUGGGAUUGGUGGACCAGGUUAAGAGGGAGGUUGUUGCUGUAGCGGCACGAGAGCUGUCAAGGGCUCAGACGUUCGCUAAAGAGCGGGGAAUCCCCAAGGCUUAUGGGUCUUACAUUGAACUGGCACAAGAUGCUAAUGUGGAUGUGGUGUAUAUUGGGACCAUCCAUCCAGAACACCACAAACUCACUCUUCUAUUCCUUAACCAUGGUAAGCACGUGCUCGUUGAAAAACCGGCCGCCAUGAAUCUGAAACAGCUUAAGGAAAUGACGUCACUGGCUAAGGAAAAGAAGCUCUUCUUUAUGGAGGCCGUGUGGACUCGAUUUUUCCCAGCUUUCACACGCGUGCUGAAGGAGAUGGCAAAUCAGUCUGUGGGAAAAACCCGAAUGUUACGUGCACAGCUUGGAUUCUCAUCCACGUGGGUGAGGGAGCUCGGGAGCGAUGGUUUCAUGCAUGGGUGCUUGCUACCUUUGGGCGGGUACUUGCUUAACGUUGCAGUCUUCCUGUUUGGGAGGCCUGACAAGAUGAUCGUAGAAGGUACCAUGGCAGGAGAUGUGGAUGAAGCUGGUUGUAUUAUAUUCAAAUAUAAGGAUGGUCGAAUGGCUCAGUUGAGCUUCAGCUCCGCCUUUAUGGGUGCAAAUGAUCUUAAUAUAUUCGGAACAAAAGGUCAAAUAAAGAUCCAUAACCCGAUGUGGUGUCCUACAGAGGUGACCUUGCCUUCGGAGACGAUAACUUUUGACCUUCCGAAAACAGACGCUAAAUUCACUUUUCCAAACAGUUCCGGUCUGUCGUAUGAGGCUGAUCACGUCCGGCAAUGUAUUCUCAAAGGCCUGACAGAGAGUCCACUCUUACCAUUAUCACACAGCGAAUACGUGAUGGGAUUGAUGGACCGGGCUAAGGAGGAGAUCCGGUUGCGAUGUGGCGUCCACGAAUGAUCACACAGCGAAUACGUGAUGGGAUUGAUGGACCAGGCUAAGGAGGAGAUCCGGCUGCGAUAUGGCGUCCACAAAUCAGAUGAACAAAUCAGACGUAUUCUGAACACUUACCUAGAUAUGAUUCUCAACGUGUUCUGGUAUAUAUUUUCUGUAACAGCAUAUAUAACUCUUAUUUUAAAUCAUUCAGUUCUCUUGUGAGACGAGUUUUGAAUGUUUCUGUCAGAGGAUACGUUUAUAGAUCUCGGCUUCUUAAUAC